CCUCCCUUUACGGACAUGGAAGGUUAUCACCGGAAGGAGGUCAUGGGAACAUUCAAAAUGGCGGCCCCCGUAUGGCUGUCCUACCAGAUCUGUGCGGGAAGAGGCUUGGUGUCAUUCCCUUCCUCUUACCUACGUCUUCACUACAGAUCCAAUGUCUUCAGGAUACGAGGUUUCCUCACAUGUUCUUCAAAGACCACCCACAUCAAUCGGUUACCCCCUCUGCAAGUGAGGUAUUUGUCAGGGGAGCGGGGUGGUGGCAGGAAAGGUUUUCUCGGGGAAUUUUUGGACAACUUGAAGCAAGAACUAAACAAGAAUAAAGAAAUGAAAGACAACAUUAAGAAGUUUCGGGAAGAGGCAAAAAAACUGGAGGAGUCAGACGCGUUAAAACAAGCUAGAAGGAAAUAUAAAACUAUAGAGUCUGAAACAGCAAAAACAUCUGAGAUUCUAAAGAAGAAGCUGGGAAACAUCUCUGAGACAGUUAAAGAGGGGCUGGAAGAGGUCAGUCGGACAGAGAUUGGCAAGAAAAUCAAGGGAGGAAUGGAGGAAGCAGCCAAAACAGCUAAGACCUCAGCAGAAUCCGUCACAAAGGGUGGAGAGAUUUUGGGGAAGACUGGUGCGUUUAAAGCAAUAUCUCAGGGCAUGGAGAGUGUAAAGAAAGAGAUUGGUGACCUUGGUCACACUGGCCCUUAUCGGCCUCCUGCCAGACUCCGAAAGAGAAGUGAGUUUUCAUCCAAGGGUCAAGGAGAUGAUAACAAAGUCUUCAAAGCCAACGAGGAAGCUAUGGGUGUUGUGCUCCACAAGGACUCAAAAUGGUACCAACAGUGGAAGGACUUCAAAGACAACAAUGUUGUCUUUAACAGAUACUUUGAGAUGAAGAUGAAGUAUGAUGAGAGCGACAAUGCCUUUAUCAGAGCAUCACGUGCUGUCACUGACAAGAUGACCGACCUUAUUGGCGGACUAUUUUCAAAGACGGAGAUGUCCGAAGUCCUUACAGAGAUUUUGAAGGUGGAUCCUUCCUUUGACAAAGAUUCCUUCCUCAAGCAGUGUGAACGAGAUAUCAUUCCUAAUAUACUGGAGGCAAUGAUCAGAGGGGAGCUGGAGGUUCUGAAGGAUUGGUGUUAUGAAGCGACAUACAGUCAGCUGGCACACCCACUACAGCAAGCUAAGGCCAUGGGACUUCAGUUCCACUCUAAGAUCCUGGACAUUGACAAUGUGGAUUUGGCCAUGGGGAAGAUCAUGGACCAGGGUCCAGUAUUGAUUAUCACCUUCCAGGCUCAGGUAGUCAUGGUGAUCCGAAAUGCCAAAGGAGAAGUUGUAGAGGGAGAUCCUGAGAAAGUGCUCAGGAUGAUGUAUGUGUGGGCUCUUUGUCGAGACCAGGAGGAGCUUAACCCGUAUGCUGCCUGGAGACUACUUGACAUGUCGGCAUCUAGCACCGAACAAAUCCUCUAAGACUCUUUGACGUGCUCAAGACGCACUCAUCCAGGAAGAAAACAUACUGUACCUGAACAGGCCUCAGAGCUGGCUGGGAGGAGAGAGAGGAAGAGGCGAGAAAAAGAGGGACACACUGGUGGGACAUGGGCUCACUGUAUGACAGGAACAUUGUAGAAAGAUGCUGCUUAACACUUGGGUGCUUCAAUGUAUCUUGUCGUACUGCACUGGCACAUUAGCGUCUUUGUAUGCUUGACUCUAUUCCUCUGAAUCACACUAGGGGGCGGUACACUCAAAGAAUUAAAAAACAACAUUAUCUGUUCUGUUUGA